AUGGAAACAAUGGUGAAGAAGAGUUGUGGUGGUGGAGGGUUUGAGAAGAAGAGGAAAGAUGGGUCUGAGUUACUGAUCGAGUCUGGGACUGAGUCAAGAGAGAGUAGCAGCUCCAGUUCUGAGAGUAGUUCUACUGAGGUAAUUAAGACUAAUAAUGGGGGUGCUUCACCAUCUCCUUUGGGUUGGCCUAUAAGGAAAGCGGGAGAGUGCAAGAGCUUGGUCUCUACUGGAAAUAGAAGCGAAGAGAAGAAAGCGCAUUUGGAGGAUUCAAAUUUCAAAAAGCUAGGUUCAGAGAUUUCAGAGAUUGAUAUGAUGAAGGAGAGGUUUGCAAAAUUGUUGCUUGGUGAAGAUAUGUCAGGGUCUGGGAAAGGGGUUUGUACAGCUUUGGCUAUAUCAAAUGCCAUUACCAAUUUGUGUGGUACUAUUUUUGGGCAGCUUUGGAGAUUAGAGCCGUUGCCUGCAGAGAAGAAAUCAAUGUGGAGAAGAGAGGUGGAGUUGCUUCUUUGUGUUGGAGAUCACAUUGUGGAAUUAAUACCCUCCCUGCAGACAUUUCCUGAUGGUAAUAAGCUCGAGGUCAUGACUUGCAGGCCUAGGUCCGAUCUUUCUAUCAAUCUACCAGCUCUUCGUAAACUAGACAAUAUGCUUCUUGAAGUUUUAGAUAGUUUCACAGACACAGAGUUUUGGUAUGUUGAUCAAGGGAUUGUAGCCCCAGAUGGAGAUGGGUCAGCCUCUUUCCGUAAAACAAUGCAGAGGCAAGAAGAAAAAUGGUGGCUACCCGUCCCCCGUGUCCCAGCUGGUGGUCUCAGUGAUGAUACAAGAAAGCAGUUGAAUCACACGCGUGAAUGCACCAAUCAAAUACUGAAAGCUGCAAUGGCAAUCAACAGUGUUGCUUUAGCUGAAAUGGAUGUUCCUGACUCGUACUUGGAAGCUCUUCCAAAGAAUGGGAGGGCUUGUUUAGGGGACCUUGUGCACCGGUAUAUUACUUCAGACCAGUUCUCUGCAGAGUGCCUGCUCGAUUGCCUUGACCUGUCAUCUGAACAUGUUGCUCUAGAGGUUGCAAACCGUGUGGAAUCGGCAGUUUAUGUAUGGCGUCGGAGAGCUCAUUCAAGACCUCCACCCAAUCCAAACCGCUCCACUACAAAGUCAUCAUGGGAGAUGGUCAAGGACUUGAUGAUUGAUGGAGAUAAGAGGGAAUUGCUUGCAGAAAGAGCUGAAAGUCUCCUGCUUUCCUUGAAGCAGCGGUUCCCUACUCUAACACAGACCACCUUGGAUACCAGUAAAAUCCAAUUCAACAAGGAUGUUGGGAAAUCAAUUCUCGAGAGCUAUUCAAGAGUUCUGGAAAGCUUGGCAUUUAAUAUUGUGGCUCGUAUCGAUGACUUGGUGUACGUGGAUGACUUGACUAAACAUUCGGACAAAUUGUCUUCAGUUCCCACAGUCAGUGUGAUUUCUCACAAGAAGGUUUCAAUUCCCUACUCUCUGCCUGUCUCAGGCACUCCAUACAAAACAACAUUCAGUACACCUAGCUUUUCACCUGUGCCGCUUAUUAGUCCUGCACGGGGAGAGAGAACUCCAUUCCUGCACAAUAUCACCACCUCCAACAACAACAAGCCUCAACGUCGUGGUUUUGGUGUGAAGAGAGUGCUGACAAACUAUCUUGGGGUUGAUUCAAAACCAAAGAUCUGUGGUAAUACAAAUGAAGGAUCGUGUCAAAAUCCAAAGACAAAUGUAAGAGAGGAUUCGGGGCCGGAAAAGAACUCACCGACCCAAAAAAAUGGGACCAAAUUGCGUCAAAGUGCUCCCAAAUACAUUGUAACUUGA